AUGGUUUUCCUGGCCUUUUUAUCCCUAAACAGACUACUUGUGUUCGUUUUUCCGAGUGCGAACAGUGUUAUUUUUGAAAGGUUCAUCGAGAUUUUGUCUAAUAAGAUGACAAAAAUUCAGGAAAUUAUUCUACUUGCUUACAAUAGUACUGACGACUCUGACAGUACUGUCAACAAUUUUAGCGAUUCAUUUCUCUGAAUUAACUCGACUUUACCUUCCACUUGGUGACGCUAUCGAUAGGGCAGCUGUUCCUGAGAUUAUGAGGGUUUUUAUUAUCACUCUUCAAAAUUUCACUUUCAAAGAGUUUCCAAAACAGCAAAAACAUCGAUAGGACUCGAACCUGUCAUUCUUCCCGAAAGUCGAACUCUCUAUCCAUUGAGCUAUUAAGGUCGCCAACCGUUUAUACAUCAUCUUCCCAGCUUUUUCUAUCCUUUGCUACACGGCUUUAUUUAUUUAUUUUCAUCGAAAGUAUCAUGACGCCAAUGUUCGGAAAGCUAUCGUGGCUGGGGAACGUCAGAUUCUAGUUCAAUUAUUUGUGAUCUCAGCUUCUUAUGUGGUUAGUUUAGAGCAUAAACGAUUAGAUAAGACUUGAAAAUCAAAAAAAUUUAUCACUAGAGAACAUGUGAAGCUCGAAAUUUGGCUUCGUCAGAAUAUAUAUUGCUGGAAACUGACUUUCGGCUAUUUAUUCUUGCUUUUUUUCAGACCCUGUUCACGGUUUGGGAAAUUCUGAACAACGUCACGAUUGAGACUACGCUAAAACUGAAGUUCAUAGCUUUUCUCAAUGUGAUCGACACGAUUCCCGAAUUUUUCAUUCCCAUCUUCUUGAUUUUUGGCACCAAUAAUUUCAAGCAUAUUCCAAGUGACGUCCUCAAAAAGUUGAAGAGAAAAGGAUGA